AACGAGAACAUUCGCGCGGAGCUCCGAGCAGAAGACAACGGCCACCAUUUUUCUCCUGACAUUGCCAUUUGUAGGUGCUCUCGCGGUGCUAUUUAUCACGGGGAUCUGUAAUUGUCUCUCCUCUCCUCUCCUCCCUUUCUCCAUCUAUCUUGCUCCAAGUUGAACCGACGACGACGUCAAUAACGAGGAGAAGGGAGUGACGACAAGGCGGCGGCGACGACGACGACGACGACGGCAGUGGUAGCUGAUACCCGGAUGGUCUCUAUGUGUAGUGCGCAUUAAGAGAUAAGAGCCGAAUGCAGAGAUAACGAUAAGACGUCAGUGAUAGAUUGUGUCUGUUCUCUCAUCGUCGGCGACAGCGGCGGGAGAAGGUGAAGAGGAAAAGGAGAAGCAGAAGAAGCAACAGCAGCAGCAGUAGUAGCGGUGUGACGGGUAUUCUCGCGCGAACGAUAUGAACGGUAGUUGCGAUCGUCAAUCACGCACGGCCGAGUGAAAAGGGAAUUUGUUCGCGAUUGACGGAUCAACGGACUGACAAGGGAGAGAACAAGGACGAGGACGACGAUUGUGAUACAUUCUCGAAGACAGUCCAUCAUCUAGGGGAAUCGGCGAACGUCCGCCUAUCCGUGAAAGGACGGCUCCUCUUCCGCUUCGCAGAACGACAAGGUGGAUCAUCGACGUCGUGUUCAUCGUUGAUAUCGUAUUGUCGUACGGUCACGCGCCACCGCGUACAUCGGCAGCAGCGCCAUCGGGAUGGAGAGGCGAGCCGUUUUUGUGCUGCUGGGGCUGCUAUAUUUAGCGGUGGGCACCCUCGUCACGGUCCAGGCAGUGACGUAUUCGGGGCCGACAGUCGUUCACGAGGGACAAGCUUGGGAGAUCGAGUGCAACAACUUGAAGGCCGAUAAUCUCAUUAGGUGGACCAGGAAUGGCCAGACGCUAGAACCCGAGCUGUCCAGUGGUCAGUUAGUUGUCCUCUCAAAGGCUGGCACCGGCACCAGCAAGCUCUCGGCGACCCAAGCGACAGAGAGCCACGACGGAGAUUACAAAUGCACAUCCGAUAGUGCGGAGUCUUUCCAUCUCUCGAUAUAUUUCGAUAUAAAGAUUAGAGUACUUACGCCCAAUGACAUACCUUUGGUGCUCGAGUGCGCAAACAAGAGUGAUAAAGUGCAAUGGCAGAAGGAGAAGACACCGUUGAGCACAGCACUAGCUGGCAAUGAAGACAUCAUUAAGAUUGACAACGAGACUGGCAGCCUGGAGAUUGUAAAGGAUAAGAAGGAAGCUUAUGGAAAUUACACUUGUAAAUUGGGCGCGAACUCCACGAUCGAAUACAGAGUCGUACCGAGGCCAAUAGCGCAUCUAGCUGAAUCUACUAGCGUGGUGGAGGGCGAGAAACUGCACUUGGUAUGCGCUGGAAAAGAUCCGAGCCCCGGCGUAAAGAUAUCUUGGACUUUCGGGGAUCAAAAUUAUACGCGUAGCAAGGGUCGUGUGAAGAUAGCCAAGGAUUCGGAGACCGGUAUCUACGGCGCUGUUCUAAUCGUCGACAACAUCGAGAUGAAUGAUCGCGGUAACAUUAUCUGCAGGAUGUCAUACAACUGGUCCGAUCCCGUUGCAGAACACUCGUCGGAGGCCGAGACAUUCCUCAGAGUCAAGGAUAAGCUCGCUGCACUUUGGCCCUUCCUAGGUAUUUGCGUGGAGGUCGUUGUUCUGUGCGCCAUCAUCUUGGUCUACGAAAAGAAGCGAAACAAGGCCGAACUGGAGGAGUCCGAUACCGAUCAGAGCCCUGAUACUAAACCGACGCCCAACAAGGAAUCCGAUGUCAGGCAGAGGAAAUGAAACAACAAAUAGAUAAAUGAGAGCGAUGCGAUAGAAAUGGAACAAGGAACUGUCAGUGUCACAGAGUGUUAUAAAGGAAAUUCAUAAAGAUAAUGGGAAUGAGAGAUAUAUAAUGUCACAAAUGUGGAAUAAACACUGAAAAAACACUGGGCCAUUUAUAGUGCACACUUGCCUGAAAGCAGAUUCCGUGCAGCAAACGCGUGCAUAGCAGGAUCACACAAGUUACUAACAAAUUAAAUUAAGCCUUAUUACGGUGUUCACUCCAUUUAUCAGAUGUUUGCCUGUUCGUAUUCUUUAACUACACCGCUUUGACCGAUGGAGAGAAAAAUGUGUUGACACGAAUUAUAUGUAUAAAUGCCGAUGAUGAUGACAGGAGUGCGUGCCAGGGAACGAAGGGUGAGAGAGAGAGAGAGAGAGAGAGAGA